AUGGAUGAAAAAGACAAUAAAGAAAAUAUAAAUUUAAUUAAAGAAACAAUGUUUGGUUUGCCCCAUGGCAUUAUUUCAAAAAUAAUACAUAAUAAUGUAAAUCUUAAUAAUUAUAGAAUCCGAAAAGAAGCAGUGAAUACUUUAAGUAAGUGCUUGUCUAUUUUUAUUCUGUAUAUAACUGAAGGGGCAAUAGAACAUUGCGAAAAUGAAAAAAGGUCUACUCUCUUUGUCCGAGAUAUUUUAAAUUCCCUAGAUGAUUCCUUAUUUUUAGAUAUAUAUGAUGAAUUAAAAAAACAGGUAGAUAUUCAAGAAGAAAAUAAUAAAAAGGAAACAUCCAAAAAUAAUGAAAAUGAUGAAGAAAAGGAUGUGACAAGUACUGAGGCAAAUACAAAGAAUAAAGAAGAUGAUUUUGACCUAUUACUGCAAGCUUUAGAAUGA